AUGGAAGUGAAUGAAGACAAACAGCAUCAGUUUCAAAAACCUCAUUAUUUCACAAAUGAAAAAGGAAAUGCAGUCGUUUCAAAGACUGAAGAGAAUUUCACGCAGAAACAAGCUGGAAAAUCUGGAGUCAAAGGAUCUUUAACCUGUUCUGAGUGUGGAAAGAGUUUCAUACGUAAAUCAAACCUGAACAUACACAUGAGGAUUCACACUGGAGAAAAACCGUUUACUUGCACUCAGUGUGGAAAGAGUUUCACUUACAAACGCUGUCUCAAAGAGCAUCUGCGCCUUCACUCUGGAUUGAGAUCAUUCAGCUGUGAUCAGUGUGAUAAAACAUAUGUUUUUGAAUCAAGCUUAAGAAGACACCUUAAUGUUCAUUCUGCUGCGAAGCCUCACUUUUGUUCUGUAUGUGGAAAGAGUUUUUCACAUCUUGGAUCUUUAAAAGAGCAUGAGAGUAUUCAUACUGGUGUGAGACCUUAUGUGUGCUCUCACUGUGGAAAGAGCUGCACUUCAUCCAGCAACUUAAAAUCACACCAGAGAGUUCAUACUGGAGAGAAACCGUACAAGUGUUCACACUGUGGAAAGAGUUUCUCUCAGUCAGCACACCUGAAAGUUCAUGAGAGAAUUCAUACUGGAGAGAAACCGUACAAGUGCUGUUCAUGUGAGAAGAGUUUCAGCCAAUCAUCUACUCUACUGAAACAUAAGAAAAAUCAUUGCCUGAAGGUGUCUAAGUGAGCAAAGUUCACUUCCAUAACUUGUAAAUAAGCAAAAGAUGGAAUUACAUUUAAUACAGUAAUUUAAUCUAAAAUUAGUAUUCAAGUUUGAUUGUUUGACAAGGGGAACCGGUUUAAAUGGUUGUGAAUUGCAUUGUAAGUGUUGCAUGUGUUGUUCUUCCGACACCCGUAUUGAUCCUCUGUUGUGUUGCACAUGCGCAGUAAACACUGAGUGUUACUGUAUACAAGAUGAACUGAACAGU